ACAGCAUCCAUGGCGACUGAAAUCCCUUCAAUUCCAGACCUUGAAACAGUCCAAGUCUGCCCCCACACAGUUCACGCCGAUUCAACAAAUGGUUUCUGCUCCACCGUCAUCUUUCAGAAAGUGAAAACAAACUUGGUUUUCCGUUCAAAAUGGGCCGAGUUGAAUGGAGCCAUGGGGGACCUUGGCACUUACAUACCCAUCGUGUUAGCCUUGGCUCUAGCCAGAAACCUCAACCUCGGCACCACAUUGAUUUUCACCGGCAUCUACAACGUCAUCACCGGCGCCAUCUAUGGCGUCCCCAUGCCUGUCCAGCCCAUGAAGUCCAUCGCUGCCGAGGCCCUCUCGGAGACCGACUUCGGGGUGCCGGAGAUCAUGGCAGCUGGAAUUUUGACCGGCGGGGUCCUACUGGUAUUGGGGGUGACGGGGUUGAUGCGGCAAGUGUACAAGCUGAUUCCUUUGAGCGUCAUCAGGGGAAUUCAACUAGCACAAGGUUUGUCCUUUGCACUGACUGCCGUUAAAUACGUUAAGACAACGCAAGACUUACCCAAAUCUAAAUCUCUGGGAAAUAGGCACUGGUUUGGUUUGGAUGGUUUGGUUUUGGCCAUUGUAUGUGUUUGCUUCAUUGUCAUAGUGAACGGAGCUGGCGAGAAUCAUGGGUGUGAAACUAGAGAUGGUACUGAUGAUAAUUACGAUCUGGGUGAUCACCAACAACGGGUUGAAGUUCGAAGAAACAGGACAAGCCGAGUAAGAAAGCUGAUAUUCUCACUUCCUUCUGCAUUUUUAGUUUUUGUAUUGGGGGUUGUUUUGGCCUUCAUAAGAAGGCCUACGGUUGUGCAUGAAAUCAAAUUUGGACCCGCCUCUUUAGAAGUUGUGAAAAUAUCUAAACAUGCUUGGAAGAAAGGAUUCAUCAAAGGUGCAAUUCCUCAACUACCACUGUCAAUUUUGAACUCUGUGAUAGCUGUUUGCAAGUUAUCCUCAGAUCUGUUUCCAGGGAAGGAUUUCUCAGCCACUUCACUUUCAGUGACAGUGGGACUGAUGAACUUGGCGGGAAGUUGGUUUGGUGCUAUGCCUUGCUGCCAUGGAGCUGGUGGACUAGCAGGACAAUACAAGUUUGGUGGAAGAAGUGGGGCUUGUGUGGCUCUUCUUGGUGCAGCCAAAUUGGUGCUGGGUUUUGUACUGGGCAAUUCUUUGGCUAUUAUUUUAAACCAGUUUCCUGUAGGGAUAUUAGGCGUAUUGCUAUUAUUUGCCGGGGUUGAACUAGCCAUGGCUUCAAGGGACAUGAAUACUAAACAAGAUUCUUUUGUGAUGCUUUUUUGUACGGCAGUUUCGCUGGUGGGUUCCAGUGCGGCUCUUGGGUUUUUGUGCGGAAUGAUUGUGUUUGUGAUUCUGAGGCUAAGGGGCUGGACAAAGGGUCAGCCUUUUUCUACCAUUUGGACGCGAGAAACCCCUGAGCAACCCUGA